AUGAGAAAUGCGAAUGUGUAUAGAUUUGGAGUUGUUGCUUUAGAAGUGGUCAUGAGAAAGCAUCUUGGAGAACUGAUAGCAUCGUUACCAACACUGUUUGCUGAUUAUGCUAAUGAUUAUCUAGUGCCAACAAAUAUGGGAGAUAGUGAGAUACCUCUUCCCCCCUCCCAAGUUGAGAAACAUGUUAAGUUGGUUUUGAGUCUCUCAAGAGCAUGUUUGAACACCAAUCCAAAUGAAAUACCAACAAUGCAACAUGUUUCAAAUCGGUUAAUGAAGGAUCUGCUUUGA